UAAAUCACAGAAGGCACCACCACCACCAGGCUCCAGCGACCAGGGACUCUUCGACUGCAAUCAACCACUACUCCAUCGACCAGGGAUCUUCGACUGUGAUCAGCCACUUCAAUCAGCGACCAAGCGAGGUGACCAGCGAUAUCAGGCGACUGUGAUCAGCAAACUCAAGCGACCGAUGAGGAACUCCAACGACUUCGAUCAAUGCUUACUGCUUUUAUCAGACUGUAAAUUAAG